CUAGAUUCCACUACAAAUCAACAUCAACUUUAGUUUAUUAUGCAAAAAGAUAUACAAAUAUUAUGCAAAUUAUAUCUGUACAAAAUAGUGCCAAGAUUAUAGACAAAAAUGCGGUAGGGCUAAUCUUUAUCACAUUGGAUGAUCUUCUUAAAUUGGUAGUGGAGGGUCACCUUUAGAGUUGUAGUACAUCUUCCUUUGCCUAUAUAAAUACAUGCUCUUCCAUAAGAUGUUCAAGUGUUAAGUGAACCUCACAGAGAGAGAGAAAGAGAGUGAGUUCUUGAAUUUUGUUAAGUGUUGAAGCUCUUUGAUAGGGAGACCUGAGAAACAAAGAAAGAAACAAUGGACGGGAAGACGAGCUUAACGGUCGCGGAUGCGGAAGACUACAAAGGUUUUCCGGCUGAUAGGUCGAAAACCGGAGGUUGGGUGCCUGCUGCCUUAAUUCUUGGGAUUGAAAUAUGUGAGAGGUUAUCAACAAUGGGAAUAGCAGUGAACUUGGUGACAUACUUGGGUGGAACUAUGCACCUCCCAAGCUCAUCAUCAGCUAAUGUGGUUACUGAUUUUUUGGGCACAUCUUUCCUCUUGUGCCUACUUGGUGGCUUUUUGGCUGAUGCUUUUCUAGGCAGAUUCAAAACUAUUGUCAUCUUUGCUUCUAUUCAAACACUUGGUACCGGCACGCUAGCGCUCUCGACGAAAUUGCCAAACUUAAGGCCGCCCCCUUGCCACGCCAACGAGGAAUGCAAAGAAGCAAAUGGAUUCCAAAUGGGAAUCCUCUACCUUGCUUUGUAUCUCAUCGCGCUUGGGACAGGCGGCUUGAAAUCCAGCGUGUCGGGUUUUGGUACCGACCAGUUUGAUGAGAAGAACGAAGAAGAAAAAACACAAAUGGCGUAUUUCUUCAAUAGGUUCUUCUUCUUCAUCAGUCUCGGAACACUUACCGCAGUUACGGUGCUCGUAUACAUACAAGAUGAGAUUGGUAGAAGCUUGGCUUAUGCGAUAUGCACAAUUUCGAUGUUCGUCGCUAUUUUGGUCAUCUUAUCGGGGACGAAAAGAUAUCGAUACAAGAAGAGUGCAGGAAGCCCUAUUGUCAGCAUUUUUCAAGUUUUGGUCGCUGCGGUAAAAAAGAGGAACAUGGCUCUUCCUUACGACAUCAGCAUGUUCUAUGAAAACGCGCCGGAGGGUUCGCGAAUCCAUCAUACGAACCAGUUUCGGUGCUUGGACAAGGCUGCUGUGGUCGCGGAAGAUGAUUUUGUGCAAAAUGGCUCGGGUAGUGCAGCUCUGAAUCCGUGGAAGUUAUGCACGGUGACACGGGUGGAAGAAGUUAAAAUGAUGGCCAGGUUGUUGCCUGUUUGGGCAACAACCAUAUUGUUUUGGACGGCUUACGCUCAAAUGAUUACAUUUUCAGUUGAGCAAGCGUCCACAAUGGAGCGAUCUGUCGGAGGGUUCGUUAUCCCUGCUGGGUCGCUCACUGUCUUCUUUGUACUCGCGAUAUUGCUUACUUGUGCUGUUUACGAUUGUGUGAUCAUCCCUUUUUGGAAGAAAUGGAAAGGAACUCCAGGUUUCACUGAUCUACAAAGAAUGGCACUAGGAUUGAUCCUGUCAACCUUAGGAAUGGCGGCAGCCGCAUUGGUCGAAAUGAAACGAUUAUCCGUCGCUAAAUCCGUCGGCGGAACCCCGGCAGGAAAAUCGCUACCAAUAAGCGUAUUCAUGCUCAUCCCACAGUUCUUCCUAGUGGGCGCGGGCGAGGCAUUCAUAUACACCGGCCAGUUAGAUUUCUUCAUCACAAGAUCACCAAAAAGCAUGAAAACGAUGAGCACUGGGCUCUUUUUGACAACACUUUCUCUCGGGUUUUUCAUGAGCAGUUUUCUAGUGUCGGUAGUGAAGAAGGUGACCGGAAGCCACGGUGGAGAAGGGUGGCUAGCCGAUGAUAUAGAUCAUGGAAGAUUGGAUUGUUUCUAUGGAUUGUUGGCGAUUUUGGGUGUGAUAAAUUUAGUGGUUUAUCUUGUGGUGGCAGCUUGGAACAAAAAGGAUGAUAAGGAGACAGAAAUGGUGGAUGUUCAUGUUUGAUAGAUUAUAGUUACUUAAAUUGUGUGUGUGUUUCUUUUUGUUGUUUAUAUCGUCAGUUUUCUUGUAAUGUUCAAAAAUAAUUAAAUGGUUAAUGGUUUUAGAUGCUGGCCACAAGAUAAGUAGCCUGAGUUUGAAGUCAUGUCAUAUUUGUUGGGAUUUAUGUUCAACUUUAUUUUGAUGGCU